UCAGCUGGAAGAUUGUGGUUAAGUGUGUUUCUUCUUGAGAGAGCGUGGAGAUAUAAAAAUAACAACAUUCACAUUAAAAACUAAACAAUUGACGUAGUUUCUUUAGAUAAGAUCAUGCAAUAGAAGUCUAGUCAGUCGAUAAGAUGUUUCUCGUGAGGAAAGUGCGGAAUUUGCGACCUGUUGUCGCUCGCUGCUACAGUGACUAUAGUGAUAGACAGAACAAUCGCCCAGAGGAUCAUCCCUUCUGGCGGACAGUGAACAUCCUCAAGAAUGACUUCAAGCAGGUUGGCAGGUAUAUUCUGCCACGGGGAUUGGGUUCGGGUAAAGGGUCGAACGAUGCUGAUAAGGACCUGGAAGCCCAUCUGGAGAAGUAUCGACGUCCAGAUGUAUUCCCUGCAUUCUGUGAUGUUCUGAUCAUUGGCGGAGGCGGAUUUGGUAGUUCCAUUGCAUACUGGUUGAAGAAAGAAGCCCGCGAAGGACUCAACGUUGUUGUUGUGGAAAAGGAUCCAACGUAUUCAAAAGCCACGACAGCCUUAUCAGUCGGUGGAUUGAGGCAGCAAUUCUCACUCGUUGAGAACAUUGAAAUGUCCUUGUACGGAGCUGAAUUUAUCCGUAAUAUCAAGGAACAUCUCGGAGAGGAUGUAGAAGUUAAUUUUACACCUCAUGGCUACCUCAUGUUAGCAUCCGAGGAGGGUGCUGAAACCCUUGAUCGAAAUUCCCGCCUACAAAAUGAAUUAGGUGCCCGGAAUGAGAUCCUAACACCAGAAAAGCUCAAGCGCAAAUUUCCAUGGCUCAAUGUCGAUGGAAUUGCUCUGGGUUGUCAUGGACUGGAGCGGGAAGGAUGGUUUGAUCCUUGGUGUUUGAUGAGUGGCUUCAAGAGACGUGCCCAAGAGUACGGAGCUCAAUAUGUCACUGCUGACAUCACAGGAUUCGGUUUCGAAAAGAUGGACAAUAUGAUUGUAGUAGGCAUUGAACCAGGCAAGUAUGAAGCCCUUAGGCAGGCUAAGGUUCGCCUUCCCAAUGGCGAGGAGAGAACAAUCAAUUUUGCCAUCUGCAUCCUGGCGGCCGGAGCUAAUUCCGGCGAAGUGGCCAGGAUGAUGAGAAUUGGCAAAGGUGAGGGACUCCUACAGAUGCCACUUCCAGUCGAACCGCGCAAACGAUACGUCUACGUUGUCAAUAGUCAAAAUCCAGAUUGCCCCGGUCUCAAUACUCCUCUAACGAUCGAUCCUACCGGCACCUACUUCCGACGCGAUGGACUCUGCGGAAAUUUUGUUUGCGGGAAGAGCCCAACUGAAGACACUGAGCCACACUGUGACAACCUGGAUGUCGAUCAUGAGUACUUUGAAGCUGAAGUUUGGCCAAGGCUUGCCAAAAGAGUGCCCAGCUUCGAAUCCCUGAAAGUCAGCAGUGCCUGGGCUGGAUACUACGAACAGAAUUACUAUGACCAGAAUGGCAUCAUAGGCUCACAUCCUUAUUACCAGAAUUUGCUCUUUGCAACUGGAUUCAGUGGACACGGUAUCCAACAAACUCCAGCCGUGGGCAGAGCCAUCAUGGAGCUGAUUAUUCAUGGACAGUAUCGUACAAUAGAUCUCAGUCGAUUGGGAUUUGAUAGAUUAAUCGUAGAUCAACCAAUGUUUGAAGCCAACAUAGUGUAAUAAUAAAUAUUUUUGGGGUGGGAAAUAAACAUCCACUUUGUAGCUACA